AUGCCAGCAGGAUCCAUGCAGGCCCUGGCACAGCCCAGGGGGUUUGUCCCUCCCAAGGAGAGUUUUUCCUUCCAUUCCCUCAGCUUUGGAGCAGCACUGAAGCAGGAGAGAGUCCCUGGAAGUGGAGAGUGGCCAGCUCUGUGCUUUAAUCCACAUUUUUAAUACUGCUGCUGCUGGAGUUAAUGCUGGAUCUUCCCUGGGACAUUCCUGAUCCCAAAUCCCCCUGCAAAGGCUGAGCCCAGCGUGGCAGGGGUGUGACACAAGGGACAUUCCAGGAGGGACAUUCCAGAGCCCUCCUUCCUGGGCCAUGAAUCAGUGGUGGGCAGAGAGGAGUCUCUCAGAUCCCUGACUCCAGGCAGCCCCUGGGAUUGCUGAGCCCUUGGAUAUGAGGGGUCACAGCUGGCUGCUGCUUUUGGGGGGCUCUGAGCCACCCCAGGGAUGUGAGCCAGAAGAGCUCUGUUAUUUCCCUUUGGAACAAAGUGCACUGCAAAAAACCCUUCCCUGCAUUUCAGGAGCCAUCCCAGCAGGGUUUGAGCUUUUCCUGGGAUUUCUGCUGCUCCUCAUGAGCUCUGUCCCUCAGCUCCCUCCAAACCAGCCCUGCCUGAGGUUUGUCCCUUCCCCCAGGCCCAGAUGGAUCCCCUGCUCCAGCCCAGAUGGAUUCCCUGUGCUCUGGCUGAGUCACAGCCACCAUUCUCCCUGGCACUGAGAGCUCCAAAUUCCCACUCUGGGUUCAAAUCCUCUGAGCCAGGGGCACAUCCCUGUCCCAGGGCUGGCUCUUUCUUGUGUCUGCCUUUCUUUGGCACUGCUGUGUUCCCUCUCAUUUACAUAACUCUGGAAAUAAUGUCCUUUUAAAUUUUUCUUUCCAUCAAUUUUGAUAUUUUUUCUCCUGUCUCCUGCCCAAAGCAUGAAUAAAUGACCUGAGACUCCAUCCUGGUUGGAUCCUGACUAAUUCCUGCCUGUCCUUGCAGUAGCUGUUGGAGACUGAUAAUCCUCAGGGAUUCUGGUUGCUGCUUUAAAUAUGAAAACUCUGGUGGUGAUGAGUUUGAGAUAUCCAUGGAUCUCAGCAUUCCAGCUGUGAAGGGUGCUGCUGCCCGCGGGGACGUCCUGCCCGCCCUCCUGCCCGUGCCCUGGGCCAUGUCGUCCUCCGACGAGGAGACCCUCAGCGAGCGCUCCUGCCGGAGCGAGCGGUCGUGCCGGAGCGAGCGCUCCUACCGCAGCGAACGCUCGGGCAGCCUCUCCCCCUGCCCCCCCGGGGACACCUUGCCCUGGAAUUUACCCCUCCAUGAGCAGAGGAAGAGGAAGAGUCAGGAUUCGGUGCUGGACCCGGCCGAGAGGGCUGUCGUCAGGGUCGCAGCAGUGUCCCCGCCCACGGGCGGUUACCGGCCCGGUGCUGGGGGGAGUCCCGGGAGCCAUGAGCGGGUCUAG